GCGGUGCGCGCAGUUCUGCGUACUGGCCUCAUGCCGCAUUGUGGUGGUGAGGCCGCUAUCAGAGGCACCCUUGUCUCGGAGUCCUCGAGCCAGUCGCUCCGUGGCAGCCUAGCCGGUGGCGACCGUCCUGCGGGUCAGCAGAUAACUACACCUGCACAUCGAACGUCUGCAACGCCAAGAUGGACACGGGCGUCACCAAGGCUAUGGACAUGGGCGGCGGCGGCAUGGACAUGGGCGGCACCACCAUGGACAUGGGCGGCGGCGGUAUGGACAUGGGUGGCGGUGGCGGAGACAUGUACAUGAUGAUUAUGUGGUUCCACGCGGGCAUGAAUGAGUACGUCCUGUUCGACUUCUGGAGGGUGAAGGACGGCGCCAGCCUCGCCUACAGCAUGGUCAUCCUCUUCCUCGCAGCCUUCUUGUACGAGGGGCUCAAGUACACGAGGGAGAGUUUGUACGUGAAACACAACCACAAGCACGGCAACUCACAAACCAGUUCGGUAGAGCUCAACGGGCAUCACCAAGAGACCAGCUGGAUCCGCGGUAUGCUGCGGCCGUUGCAUCUGGUGCAGACAGGACUUCAUGCCGUGCAGUUCUUGCUCUCCUAUCUCCUCAUGUUGGUCUUCAUGACUUACAAUGUGUGGUUGUGCCUAGCAGUCCUGCUUGGCGCCACUUUCGGUUUCUUUGUGUUUGGAUGGAAGAAGGAGAAAGCUGUUGAUAUGACAGAACAUUGUCAUUAAGGGCACUGAUGUGUACAACUGCAUCACAUUCUCACAGGAUAAUUUUUAAUGGUUAACAACUUUGCUUACUUGUUUUAUUUAAAAUUCAUCACAUUUCAACAAUCCUAACAGCAUCAUAAUUUCAAACAAAAAACAAAGCUCAAGAGUGGAUUCUCACUCUUUUUCAUUGUAUCUGUCGCAAACAAUCUCACCAAAUUAUAACACUGACUGAGUAGAAACGAACAUUGCUUUAGAGGACCUUUAAAUACAGAAUAUUGUUAAAUUCUUAAA